AUGUCCAAUCCUCCUAAACGAAAAUUCGAAAAAGAAGCUGUUCGCCUUAGAGCUCUUCCGAGACGCAAGAGCAUACUAAACCAAAAUGCCCUGCAUUUACUAUCCCUACUCUUACUAACAUCCCUCUUCGCAAUCACAAUUUGGUUUUCACAGCUAACCUUCCCAACAAACGACGAGAGGAAGUCUUCCGAUCACCAACAUCAAACACGGGUGCCAUUUAGCUCAGCCUUGACAGUUCUACGGUUUCUCCAGGGCCUAACCUCGACUUGCACGACCUUUGUGCUGCUCCAAACUUUCGAGAUGCUUGAAUGGACGCUGGCGAGUCGCAAUGGCGGACUGAUGUUGCUCAACUUUUUGAGCUUGUCCCCAACGACAGGUUUCUUAGGUAUUCUCUGGCUCUUGUUAAAGAAGUCGGUUCCUAGGCAGGGUCGAAUAUAUUCGUGUUGGAGUCACCUUGAAGAAUCAUUCUUCUUCCCAUUUGUUGGCUUGCGGGGGUUCUGCUCUUUAACAGUGUACGAAGCCGGCGAAACGUUCAACGCGACUGCCGGAACGGGAUUGUUUGAUGGCUCCUACGUGGCACCAAUGUUAGCAGUUAUGAACGGAAGGAUAACGUACCCGAUUCUCUCAAUGUCGACAUCGUUCUUAGAAAAUAGCGAGUUUUCUAUUGCAGCCACCCCCAUACACUGUGGAGGGGAAAAUUGCGAGGCAUAUUUGAUUCCUGGUAGUCUUCCAGCGAUGAGCCCAAACCCUCCUGCAAAUAAUACAGACCCAUUAGUCACGAUUUACAGAACUCCCGCGGUCCAGGUAGAAUUCCAGAAGGCCAUGACGACCGUCGCCAUGGACUCUUCUACUUCGUGUUCUGAUUUUGGAGAUGAAGAGCAUGGCGUAAAGCUCUGUUUGCGAUCGAAUCCAGUAACUCUACUAGUUGAAAUCGGGAUCGUUGCGUGCCCUUAUGGGAUAUUGAAUGGUACAUGUACUAACGGCCCCUUGGACAAAGGCCCAGCCUUCAAUCUAUCAACAACCUUAUCAGUCCUCACUCGACGGGCGACUACGACUUGUGUUCGGAGCAAUAAGACAAUUGUCUCAGUUUCGGAUCUGACAAACACAAGAUUUCGGGAACUCGGGGUCAAAGACGUUGAAGCUCUCCAUUUGGCCAUGAAUUGGCUCCUGAAUCACACCGCCGCCGGUCUUCCCUUUCCCUCAUCGCCUACCUGGUUAUUCUGGAAUCGUGAAGGCCUGGGUGGCAAUGUGUACGACUGGUCAAUUGAAACGUAUCAGGCGCUGAAAAGCAUGAUGGCUUAUAUCCUCUGGGAGUUUAGCGUAAACAACUGGGGGAAUCCUCGAAUGGCAAACGCGACGCAAUUACCAGACGGCCAAGUCGAAUUUCUUCCUGCCGAGUUUCACACCACUGCAGCAACCGUCAGGCCACUCACAAAGUUUGUGCUUGAUCGUCGCAUGUUUGCCCUGUAUAUCAUCUUCCAAAGCCUCCCAGUGCUGUUCUCCUGGGCGGCGGCGGCAUGGAUGCUGUACAUCAGACUCCCACGUCCCGAGUUGUCGUCAUUCCCAUUGAUGGACCUUGUUUUCAAGUCGAGCUUUGUCGGCUGUCCUAUCCAAGAUUCCGAGAGCCUGGUUGAUGGCGAAGAGAAAGAUUUUAUUAAGUCAUUGCAUGGAGUAAGGGUUGUCUCGAAAGGACAGGAGUCUGAACCUAGAUCGAACUUUGGUGAGAGCGAAAAUGUGUAA